AAUCAAACAAGCAGCAAACCUAAUACGUGAAUCAAACUGAUACUUGCCUAUUCUCUCUACAUCUUCACAAACAAACCUAAAAAAUUCUCAACUCGUUUCAAUCAUCUGCCCAAUCUGCACGAUCAUGCCACCACCCCGAGCGCUUCCAGGGUUCUACUUCGACGCAGAGAAAAACCGCUAUUUCCCAAUCAAAAACCCCAUUCCCGGCUCUUCUUCCAAGAAACCUAAAAUCACCACUCCAAAACCUCCCCAAACCGAUCAGUUUCAAGAAAAGAGUAAGACUUCUUGUAGGAAGCUUCGAAACAGAACGUCCAAGCUGCUUCAGAUUAGGGAGUUAGACGGUCGUCAUGUUAGUGCAUCACAUUAUUGCAAGUGUAACUUCACUGAGGAGUUUCGGAGAAUUCGAACGUCUCAGCCUACCAUUUGGAAGUAUCAAGGGACUGAUAGGAUGUGUAUUAGUGCUUUGGAACACUUGAAUGUUGAUGUGCAGACACUAGAAGGUAGAUAUCGGACAGAUGUUUUGUUGAGUGGAAGCAUUAGUGGCUCGCUGAGUUUUUCUGAAGUUGGAAGGAUUGGGCAAAAUUUUAAUGAUGGGGUAAAGUGGAUGCCAUAUUGUAUGAAGAGUAAUAUUAAAGGGAAGGAAGAUGGGCAUAGCAAGGUGCCAGGGCCUCUUUUCAGACAUAAUGGAGCUUCGCUGCAUAUGUCCUCCAGAAUAUCUUGUAUAAGAUUGGGUCCAAAUUUAGCCCCUCAUGAUGCGAGUGAUAGUCCAAUUGUUGGAAAUGCAUUAUUUACUACUCUGGGAUCAGAAACAUCUGGUGGAUCUGUUUAUACCAUCAGUCUUGCGGAGCCAAUAGAUCUUGGAGCAGGAAUUCUAAAUACAUGGAGUAGACUAGAGGAAGUAACUUCUUUCAUGUGUACCCUUUGGACAGCUGAAUACGACUAUAACAGACAUCGGGCUAUAAUUGGUACUAAUCAGGGAGGUGCUUCGGUGGAUUUGGAAAGUGGGACAAGGUCAUGGUUUUUACGUUGUAAAAGUGAUGUUUUUGCACAACAGAUUGUUGAUUCAGGGAAUGUGAUUUUAUGUGGACUAAGAAACGGGGAAGUUGUCUCCGUAGAUUUUAGAAAGAAAAGAUUGCUUUCUAGUAGAUUUCCUGAGCAUAGAAUAUCACAUGUAUCUUCAGAUAGGAGAGUUGGAAGUUCUAAGCUUGGCGGAAACAUUUAUCCUUCACAUACCAUUAAGAUGCCUUCAUCUAUAUCCUGUUUGGCAUCACUUAAAUAUGAUGACCAGUACUUCUUGGCAAGCUCUGUGGAUGGAUCGAUAAAGCUAUACGACCGUCGCAUGCUUCAGAGGGGUGCUGUUCAAUCUUAUGAAGGGCACGUGAAUUCCCAUACUCAAAUACAGCUAGGCGUUGACCCAGAUGAGAGAUAUGUUAUGUCAGGUGGGGAGGAUUGCAAGCUACGCAUAUGGAGUAUAAAAUCCGGGGAAUUGCUUUUGGAGGAUAAAUUUUCUAAUUCAGUUGUCACCACUGUGUGCUAUCAAUCAUUUAAAAAAUUUAAAGCAGAGGAAGAAAACAAAUACAACUACAAUUCUUCUUUGGGUGCAUGGCUUGGAUCAUAUGAAGGGCUCUUUUAUAUGGACUGGCUGUGAGUGUAAUGUAGCUGCUGCUACCUGCUGGUCUAUUCCGGUCUUAGCAUGGCAUGAUUAAUAGCUUGUAGAUAUUGGGGAUUCGGUUUAAUUCCCUGUUAAUCAUUUUAUUAUUUGAUUAGUGCUAGAAUUUUGAUAUAGCAAGUGGUAGAGACAACCAAUUACUUCGUUGAAGUAAUGAUAUUUGUUUAGUAUUUACACAUGCAAACAAUGAAAAGGAAAGAGAAGGAAAAAGCAUAAAUUUUGCUCUGGCUUUUAGCAUCAAGGUUUC